CGUCACAGGCUCACAGCUUUGUAUUUUCUAAACGUAAGAAGAUAAGCCAAUCGGGUAGCUCGUAUCACAAGACAAAAUUCGUCGUCCAACGUCCGAUUGGAUGGUACGUACCGCGGGCUUACGUGCCUCUCGCAAUUUAAUUUCUAGGGGGUAGGGACAAGGGAGCCCGUGACUCGGAGAGCGUCCACUGCCAUCGAAGUACAAGGAAGCGGAUAGCGUUGGCUCUCAGCUUCUUGCGUAAAUUUUCCUUCUAGGGAUUAAAUCAUGGCACGUACAAAGCAAACAGCCCGUAAAUCAACUGGUGGGAAAGCUCCCCGCAAACAAUUAGCUACAAAAGCAGCCCGUAAAAGUGCACCUUCCACAGGAGGUGUUAAAAAGCCUCACCGUUAUAGGCCGGGUACAGUUGCUCUUCGAGAAAUCAGAAGAUAUCAGAAAUCUACUGAGUUGUUAAUUAGAAAACUACCAUUCCAGAGAUUAGUCCGUGAAAUUGCACAGGAUUUCAAAACUGAUUUACGUUUUCAAAGUGCAGCUAUAGGUGCUUUGCAAGAAGCGUCUGAAGCUUAUUUGGUUGGAUUAUUUGAAGACACAAAUUUGUGCGCUAUUCAUGCUAAACGUGUUACUAUUAUGCCGAAGGACAUCCAAUUGGCUCGACGAAUUCGUGGCGAACGGGCUUAAAUAAUAACGUGUAUUUCACAUACAUACUGUUUAUUACUACUGCUAUUAUUAUUAUUGUUCGUAAUUAUUGUGGAUGAUAUCUUUUCAUUCCAAGAUAUGUGUUAUGUUGUAUUUCACAAAAGCAUAGAAACUAUAAGACACCCUUA